CUGUUACUCGCGGUCACAGUAGGCGCUCGUGACUUUUAUUGUGACGUACCAGUGACGGACCAAAUUUUCAAAACAAGUCCGACUAAAUCAGAUUACGUAUAACGUUCUGAAAUCUCUAUUCAUUACAAUGGCGUCCCGAUCUCCGUCAUCGUCCCCAGACUCAGCGACGGGCUCCGGUACUGAUCCAGCCCGGCCUGACACCGGAGAGCCGCUCGGUGGAGGAUCCGAUUCGGAUUCAGAUUUCGGAUUAGAGAAAUCUGAUUGUGGCUCUGUGGAUACAGCGCUUCGAUUGGAAGGAGCAGAGCUGGAGAACGAGUUUGAGGCGGCAGCAGACCGGGUCCGAGAUCUAGUCCAGACAGCCAGUAGAGAACAGUUGCUGUAUUUGUACGCCAGGUUCAAACAGGUCAAAGUUGGAAAGUGCAACACACCAAAACCAGCUUUCUUUGAUUUCGAGGGACAGAGAAAAUGGUCAGCAUGGAAACAGCUUGGGGACAUGAGUGCAGAGGAGGCCAUGCAGGAGUAUGUGUCUUGUGUACAUGCCCUCGAUCCAGAAGGCACCCAGAAGACGUCAGAGCGAAGGGGAGGAGAAAAGCAUACUGGAUUCGGUGGGCCAGCAGUCAGCUGUCUGUACCAGGAGGAAACGAUAAGGGAAGAGGAUAAAAACAUUUUUGAUUACUGCCGAGAGAACAACAUCGAACACGUCAGCAAAGCCAUCAGCUCCAAGAAAGUGGAUGUGAACACAAAGGAUGAAGAGGGCCGAGCUCUCCUUCACUGGGCGUGUGAUAGGGGCCACAAAGACAUGGUGUCCCUACUGCUGCAGAGUAAUGCUGAUAUCAAUAGCCAGGAUGAUGAAGGACAAACUGCACUACACUAUGCCUCAGCUUGUGAGUUUGCAGAAAUCGUUGAGUUACUUCUGAAGACUGGAGCUGACCCGUCAAUUAAAGAUCAAGAAGGCUCCCUUCCGGAGGAGGUGACAGACUCUGGUGCCAUCUCCUCUCUCCUCCGUCAGUACACUGCCCCUAAAGGAUAAAUCUCAGUCUAUGAAAUCACAAACCCAACCCAAAAGCAGACCAUUCAAUUAAAAGUUUGUACAAACUGUGCUCCUCAUCCAAAUGGUAUAUGCCGACUGUCAAAUCAGCUAUAGUUCCAGAACUGAACAUAGUUAGCAUUCUAGAACUAUUCGUUGUUAUUCUUCCCUUUGGUUUUGGACCAGAUUACUAUGCUUUCAGACAGUUAAAGUUCAGACAACCUGUCCUCCCCUGACCCAGAAUGGUACAUUCCGAUGAAUGUGUUGUUGUUACUAUUAAAGAAAUUAAAUCUUA